CCUUUUCCCUUCCGGGUAGCGACAUCGGAAACACUUCCAGCUCGCAGAAAGGCGGAUCCCUCUCUGCUACUUUGCCUUUCACAACUUCUUUGAGCCUAUUUUCUUGUACCUGUCAUUCCCCGCCGGGUCCCAGCUACACGCCAAAUCAAUUUCAAAUCAAACGCCAUUGUGUUCAGUCGAGCUGCACGAAAGGAGUUCAUCCAGCUCUACCCAUCCAACUUUUAACGCACUAGCAUUUCCCUUGACAGCUGAGACAGCAAAGACAGGAAGAUGGGAGAUAAAGAAUUGAUGUGGGCAUUGAAUACCGGGGACCUGGAGGAGGUCAAAGCCAAACUGGUGACGGCUGAAGAUGUAAACCGGACCCUGGAAGGUGGGAGGAAGCCUCUGCACUACGCUGCAGACUAUGGUCAGACAGAUGUGGUUGAGUUCCUCAUUUCUAAGGGAGCAGAUAUCAAUGCUCCAGACAAACACGGGUUAACUCCGCUGAUCUCUGCCUGUUUUGAGGGUCAUCUCUCCUGUGUCAAGGUCCUGCUAGAAAAGGGAGCUGACAAAGACCGAAAAGGACCGAACGGCAUCAGUGCCUUUGAGGCUGCCGCCGAGAGCGAUGCCAUAAAGGCUCUGCUCAAGUGAGACACCAGUGUGAGAGGUGGCUGGACAGGUGGGUGAACGGACGGACAGAUGGAUGCAGUGGUCCCCUGACAGAAGAUGGACUCGUCCCUUUUACCCCGAUCAACCUCUGUCUUAACACUGCUUUUGUCUGUUUGUUGAAGGGUCAUUUUGUCUGUCUGGUGAUUUUCCUUUACCUUGUUUUUUUGUUGUUUUUUUUCCCCCAAGUUUUUGGGGUAGGAUUUUCUCUUUUAUUGGCCUCUGUUUCUAGCCAUUUAACAGAAGGACUUGUCAGUAAUGUCUCCCUUAGGGACCAAACACUGGGGGAGCGCUCUCGCACCUGGAUCCUAGAACACUGCUCAGACAAGAAAUCACUCUAUAAUAUAAACGCAAAGCUUCGCACUUAAAUACACAUCUCUCAUUUGCGGUUCUCUUUAAAACUGUAAAGAAAUCUAAUGUUAAUAGAUCAAUAGUGUGUUAACAUUUCCUUUUCUUUCUUUUUUUUUUUCUACAACUUCAGUAUAAGUAUUGUAUGGCGAAGGCUUAUCUCAUGAACAGUAAUUAAGAUAAGAUAUUUCUUUAGUUGUUCCACAAUGGGGAAAUUCCAAAUUGCACUGUACUAUACUAGAUUGAAAAGAAAGGUUGUAAAGUUUCAUUAUAUUAACCUUUCAUUGUGUGUGGCCUCUUCCUCUACCUUGAUUUGUUUUUUAAUAAACCCAAACUUUCCCUCCAAUCUUAGAAUUUUGGAAACGUUGCUCGAAAUAGUUCCAGACGUCAGAUUUUUCCUUUUCUACUUGGCAUAUCACUUACAUAUCAGAUGGUGUUUUUGACCAAUGUUUCAUUGGUAAUGCAUAAAAGAUUUUCUGUAUUCUUUGACCAAUCACCAUGCUGGCUACUAGAAAGACUUGAAUGUUGCAAUUUUUAAAACUCUGUUACUGAAUCUCUUUUUGAAGCAAUGUUAACAGCACAUAAUAGAAUAAGGAAUUUUAGAAAUGUGUUCAUUUUGUCGUCCCUGGAGUGAGAUUUCAGAAUGAAAAUUCCCUUUUUGUUGCAGCUUCUCUGUGUAUUUUGUAAUUGGGGGGGCUCUGGAUGAUGGGUAAAUGGGGGUUGUAGUUCAAACUGGAUGGUGAGGGCUGUUAGUGUUCCCCUUGCCUUGGAUUUGGUUGGAAGCCCUGCCUGUUUUUGCUGCAUGUCAAAAUUGCCUCUGCUUUUAUGCUAUGAAAUGGUCGCUGGUCCUCUCUUGGUUGCUUUAAAAUCAAUUACUACAAUGUAAUGGACAAAAAAGAUGCUCUUGCUGACUUUGUUGUGACAAAAAGUCUGUAAAAACAAAUAAAAAUAUAUAUAAAAA